AUGCCUCUCUUACAAGUCUCCUCCGGACAAACCAUCUCCCACCUCCUUUCCCCCCUCCAGUCAAUCACUCUGCUUGGCUGUUCACUCAGUGCCAGCCCCCGCGUGCCAGCUGCUGUCCUGGACUUUGGCACUGUUCUAGGUUGUAGUUCAGCCGCUAAGUCACGCUCAACUCUCUGCAGCCCUGCGGACAGCAGCACACCAGGCUUCCCUGCCCUUCACUCUCUCCCUGAGUCUGCUCCAUCUCACAUCCAUCGAGUUGGUGAUGCUCCUCUCCUGCCCUCAGUCAUCCUCUGCAUCAGGGUCUUUUCCAAUGAGUCACGCUUCACAUCAGGUAGACAAAGUAUUGAGUUUCAGCUUCAGCAUUAG